AUCCAGGAGAUGGUCCACUCGGACACCACAUCCUAUGAGUCCAACCGUCAAGUGCCCCUGAUCAAUCGGCCCGGGAUGUUGGCCGGCCCCAUGAGUGCUCUCAGCCAGUCCCAGCUCAUAUCUCAGAUGGGGAUACGGAGCGGUGUAACCCACGGGUCCCCAUCGCCCCCAGGAAGUAAGUCUGCUACACCAUCUCCCUCCAGUUCUACUCAGGAAGAGGAGACAGAGUCACAUUAUAAGGUUACUGGGGAGAAAAGACCAUCAACAGACCUGGGCAAAAAGCCCAAAAGCCAAAAGAAGAAGAAAAAGAAGGACCCCAAUGAGCCCCAGAAGCCCGUGUCAGCCUAUGCCCUGUUUUUCAGAGACACACAAGCAGCCAUCAAAGGGCAAAACCCCAACGCUACCUUCGGAGAUGUGUCAAAAAUCGUGGCGUCAAUGUGGGACAGCUUGGGAGAAGAACAAAAACAAGCAUACAAGAGGAAAACAGAAGCUGCCAAAAAGGAGUACCUGAAAGCUCUGGCAGCGUACCGGGCCAGCCUCGUCUCCAAGACCUCUGCUGAUCAGGGGGAGACGAAAAGUGCCCAGAGCAAUCCACCUUCCAAAAUGAUCCCCCCCAAGCAGCCCAUGUACCCAAUGCCUCCACAGGCUUCUUCACCCUACCCCGGCCUGGGUUCAUUCCUGUCCCCAUCAGACCUGCAGAACUACCGUGGCCACCAGCACCCCAGCCUCUCCCGGCCCCUCCAGCCCCUCCUGUCCCCCCCCAUGGCACUACAGGUACAGCCCCCCAUGAACGCCUCGCCUCCCGGGCAGCAGGACUUCUCACAUAUUUCGUCUGAGUUUCAAAACAGUGUUGGACCCCGUUCGCCUGGUGCAUCAAACCCUCCCGGGAGCACUGAGUGGGACAACGACUACCCCAGCAGAGAGUGUGGGAUUAACCACUGCAGCAUGCUGCCAAGGGACAAGGCACUCUACCUCACCUAAAACUCAACAUCCCUUUCGAGGAGGCUCAGACGAAGGACACUUGAGAGGGUCUAUCUUACAGACUACCCGGAGAGGCACCGAGCAAGUCUUACGGACGAGAGAGCUCCCACUGCACCUCGUCGCUGGCUUCGUUCCCAAGCUCUAAGAGCAGUUUUCUUCUCUUAUUUUUGAACUCUAAACUCUACUUUCUGUGGAAGCCCGAAACCUCAUAAAUCAUGGAGAACAAAAAAGAAAAAAUAAUAAAAAAAAUUAAAAUAAAUAGACAUAAAACCAACAAAAAAAAUAAGCUAAGGACACCUUUUUCUGCUUGCCAUCAGCUUAGCUACAGACUAUUUUCCUAGUGAACUGCUUUUAGACGCAGCAUAAGCCCAGGUCUGGUGUCCUGCAACAUUAGGCCAGCUCAGUAGGAGGAUGCACUCUUUUGACUUGCUAACAGCACUAAACUUUGUGCAAGAAAAUGUGAAGUUUGUGUGAAUAUUGUACAUGCAAAGGCCUUGGAUGUCUGGC